GCCUUGGUCAUGAUCUGGGAUUCGUUUUUAUAGGUAAUUUUUUCCAAUUUUCCGGGAAGGCACCGUCAGGUCUCUGUCUGACGUCACACGGAAGUGGAACACGGGGCGGAGCCCGGCUGAAGAUGGCGUCUCUUCGCUGUAGGCGAGAUCCCUGCGGCGUCAUCUGUCUAAUUUUAACUUAUUUUAGCGUAUUUUACGCGGAUUACGUGGUCAUACAGUAUGUUCUCAUCCCGGCCUACGCAGGCAGCGUGUGGUGUACCCUGCACGGGUCAGUGUUCAACCUGAUCCUGCUGCUGCUGCUGGCCUGUCAUGCAAAAGCUGUCUUUUCAGAUCCUGGUAUGGUGCCACUUCCAGACACAGCCAUAGACUUCUCAGACCUUCGCUCGCAGUCGUCUCGAAAGAAUGAGCGGGGCUGUGAAGGAUGGACGGUGUGCAGCCGCUGUGAAACCUACAGACCUCCCAGAGCACAUCACUGCCGUGUCUGUCAGAGGUGCAUACGCCGCAUGGAUCACCACUGUCCCUGGAUCAACAACUGUGUUGGGGAGUUGAAUCAGAAGUAUUUCAUCCAGUUCCUUUUCUACACGGGCAUGGCUAGUCUGUACUCAAUGGUGCUGGUGGUGUCGGCUUGGGUCUGGCAGAUAAGGAACGAAAGGGAAGCGGAUGCAGAGAAAGAAGGAGAGGAGGUGCCCAGCAAACACCUGAUAGUUGCUCACUACAUCAUCCUCCUGGUGGAGUCUGUGUUAUUUGGCGUGUUUGUCAUGGUCAUCUUCUAUGAUCAGCUGGUCUCCAUAAUCACAGACGAGACCCCCAUUGAGCAGAUGAGGAACAGGCUCAUGAUUAAGGACAGAGGCUCUACAUCGCCAUCUUCUACCUUCUCCUCCUCCUCCUCACGUCUGCCUCAUCAGGCCUCACAUACUCGCAAGCCUAAGCUCGCACUGCUGCGAGAGGUCUUUGGAAGGGGUUCAUUUUUUUGCUGGCUGCUUCCUCUCCAUUCCAGCCCUCCAUCAGUCGGCGGCAUGAUUUACUCCGCCCUUCCCGACUAUGACGUCUGACCAUGGACCUGUGUGCGCAGGACCGUACGAGGAAAGGAUUCAAGGAAACUUUCGUGAGUGCGUGCGUGCGCAUUUGUGUGAAUGACUUUUCUGCCUAACUAUGAUGUCUUAUCUUUGGACGUGCGAGGUGAGAAGGAAGUCAAAUGAAAGCUGAGGAUGAAAUAAGACUGUGGACUGAUACUGCACUGAGUGCGUGCAACUUUAUUUCCCAAAGCCUAAAACCAAUAGACUCAAAUCUGGGAAAAGCACUGAUGCCCCUGCUCCUGUUAUUUAAAUUUGUUUUGUACUUGGAGGCUUUUGACACACUGAAGGUUUUAAUCCUGUGUGGACACUUUGACUGGAUUCAAAAGGUCUUAUAUGGGUAUUAUUACACUGAAGCUGCUGACUAUGUGUUUAAAUAACUUUAAGAAUUAAAUUUCACUUUAGAUAAAUUAGAACUGUCUGGAAACCAUUAGAUGCUGGUGGUUUAAUGAACAAUAUGCAAAGUAUUUAUUUGUGAAAACCAGGGUCUGGAUGCAAAACACCCUAAAAGUUAACGUGGCUGCUGACUUGCUGGGGUUGAAGAACACUGUAUUUAAGACUCUAAGAGAAAUUGUAAAUUUACAUCACAAGUGCUGUGACACACCAAGCCUCAGGUCAUCUUGGCAGAAGCUCUACUUACCAGCAGGUGGCAGUAGUCAGUAGGCUGACAGAAAGGCAGUGUAGGGAAGACAGUUCCUACUGCAGACAGGAACUUAGUAGAUCAGCACGCCAUCUACUCCAGUACUACUGAGAACUUAGGGAAGUGGUGUAAGAUCAGCUUCUUGGUUUUACACCCAACUGUGAAUGUUGCAAAUAGUUUGAUGUUGAAGUUUUUUACAGAAUCCAAUUGUAUCCAUGUUUUGUUGAUCUAAUUUAAUGGCUAGAAAUAAGCUAUAAAUAAUAACUGGGGUUGCACUGAUGGAGGUUUUUACAGUAUGAACUCUAUUUAUUUUCCAUCUGUGCAAGUUGAGCUCAGUGGUCAAUUACUCUUAAUCAGGUCAAGUUUCCCCAGUGUUUUUACUGUGUGCUAAUAUUUGUAAAUAGUCCAUUAUGAUAUAUAUUAAGUAUGUGAACACUGAACAUCUCACUUAAGAACUAAAGGCAUUGAUCUGCUGCUGAAAUGGCCACUGUGGUUCUGGGUUCCAGCCCCACUUUAGCUUUAGCUAUCUGGUCUUGCCACUGAGCAGGUUGAUGUAAAUGUAAAACUAUCCUCCAUUACGUUCUGUGUAUGAAUGCCUAUAAAUUGUAAUAAUAACAAUACAACAGGAAACAAACAAACAGGACAAAUCUUAAAUUAUUCAUUAAAUUAUUUAUUGAUUUUCUACAUCACAUGAAGGAUGAAGCUGCUUUCCUACAAUGAACUGUAUGGUCCUCUGAUUAUGAUUCCUUUAUGAUGAGAUCAUAGCCCCUGAACAACUUCCCAAUAAUCACAUGAUCCUACAUAUGAUAUGAUAUAUGAUGAAAUUGGUAGUUUCCUUGCUAGAAAAAUAUAUAAUAAAAUAUAUCUUAGAAUAAAUAACUCAAACAUUUAAAGCAACAAACAGGAGGAGAACAAAUGUGUAAUAGAUGUCACAGACACAUCGGCAGCUUCACCCCCACAGUGUGUUUUUAUCUGUGUCAGACUCUGCUGAACGUGACUUUCGCUCACAAAUUAUAUAAGUGCUACAUGUUACUUAAAACGAGAACAGGUCACUGGUUUGCUUUGACAAGCUCUUGUCACUUAUCAUGUGACUUUACUCACAUGGAGUGAUCUGCCUUUUUUACUGUACUGAGAAAAUCAAAUUACUCAUAUUUAUAGAGAAACAACUUUUUAACUUACUGAAGCUCUAAGAAAACUUGGAGAGAUGUUUGCAGUGAAACAUGGAUAUUCACAAUCAGUGAAGUUUCUUUGUCCUGUUUUUCCAAAACACCUCGCUGUUGUUUUGUUAGUGCUGUUAUGUUGCCACUGGUGCUUUAUUGUAACAAUAAAACUAACAAAGGCUCAUGUGAUUUCAAAAACAGCACAUAUAGUGGAACAGUGUUGACUUUGUUACAUUUAUUUGCAGUACUUCCUGCUUUGGUGGGGCAGUUGUAUAAAAGGCAUCGGACAGUUGGUACAAGUUGUGUUUGUGCGUGGUUAUGCAUUGCAUGACCUUCAAAUUGAAACCGACCUUAUAUCUGUUGCUUUUUCCUGUGUUUGAGUGGUCAGCUUUAAGGAGGAACCAUUGUACGUUUUGUUUUAUGUUUACCAUAAGCACUGAGCAAAGAUUCUCAGCACUUUUUGUUUUAUGACCUGGUUAAAGAUGUUUCAAAGGUUUCAGGUUUUGUAUAUAUCUACAAAGGGAACACUAGAUUUUACAAGUAGUUUUCCUUUCAGCUAACCUUUUUGGACGAAAUUUAAAUUAUUAUUUAUUUUUUUAAUUUGAGUUUGUGUCUUUUUGGGAUAGUGAAUAAAUUGCUGGUGCAGGAUUUAGAUUAACAAAUUGAUGUGCACUUUAGAUGUAUCACAUCUAAAACGUAAAACUGUAAAUGACUUUUGUCCAGGUCAGUGUUAACUAUUGGGGUACUUGUUUGACACUGUUGACAAAUGCGACUAAUCUAUUGUUAUCGUUUUUUUUUUAUAUAUUGUUAAACAUUGGGGUGCGCUUGUUUAACUCACCCACACUGGUGGAAAACCAAGUGAGUUAUCAGUGAUUCCACAGGCUAAAAUCCAGCUUAUUCUAAGCCACUGGCUAAAACUAAAACAAGCGCACCCCAUUUGCUGUGAAUCUUGACAGCGAGAAGGAAUGUGUGUACAAACAAACAGGGGCCCAAAGUGAACGAUCAGCCACCAGCCAGUCACACGGAUAUUUCAGAUCUACUUGCCUGUUGACGCUUCUAACACCUGAAACCUUAUUGACCAGUUCAAACUAGAGCCGAUCCAUCCAAAACCAAAGAACCAAUGAGAUAUUAUGUUCAACUGUAAAGUCAGUAUUGUAAAAACCCAGUAUAAUUUAUGAUAAGCUCCAUAAAGUGCCAGUCACUUUUCCCAGAGUGGAGUAGAUGUAGGUAAAGUGUUGAACUAGUUGAACUAGUGAGGGUCACUACAGUCAUCAGAAUAAUAUUCAUAUUUUGCACUGCAGAGCACUUUGGCUCCUGGUAAAACUUUAUGUUUGUUGGCUGGUCGGCUGAAGUCAGUUCUACGCCCUGAAAAUAAAACCAACAAGUUUACAUGUUCUGUUUAUUGUUGCUAUCUCUGAAACGUGACCUUGUAUUAUUCCUAUUGACAUGCUGCUCUGCCUCAUUUGACUGGAAAUAAACCUGAUGUCUUUCACAAUA